AGUUUUUUAUUAAAAUUUCUUUUUCUCAAUUAUAACAUCGUACUUUAAUUACUAUCUGUGAUUAGGGCAAUUAUUCUUAAGAAUAUAUUAAACACAUUGUUUUGUGAAAAUUGUUAUCAAAAUACACCGAUUUCCAUAACAUUUACAUAGUUAACCUUACAUAACAGAAAAGUGUUACAAUGAGAUUUUAUCUUUUGAAAACUGUGGCUAACACGAUUGCCAGAAGGCAAUUUUCAACUACAAAUUACAGAAAAGUCACUCAUUGUAUAUUUGAUAUGGACGGAUUGCUUUUGGAUACAGAACUAGUGUACAAGAAAAUGAUUACACAGCUAUGUGCCAAAUAUGGUCACAAGUACACCGAUGAACUAAUGAUGAAAGUACUAGGUGGAACUGAGCAGAGACUGUCUGAAAUACUGUGCAAGGAACUGAACCUACCGAUCUCACCAAAGGAAUUUAGAGAUCAGCUACUGGUGCUUGGUGACACAAUGCUUGCUAAUGCACCACUCUUAGAUGGUGCUGAAAAACUAAUAAGACAUUUGCACAAAACACAAGUGCCUUUUGCACUAGCUACAUCUUCCAGCGAGAGAUCGGUACAUACUAAAGUAGCGCACCACAAAGAGCUCUUCAAACACUUCCAUCAUAUGGUUAUGGGGAGUACUGAUGAGGAAGUCAAGUUUGGGAAGCCGCAUCCUGACAUAUUCUUGGUGGCAGCAUCACGUUUUCCUGACAAGCCUGACCCUACUAAGUGCCUAGUCUUUGAAGAUUCUCCUCAUGGGGUCACGGCCGGUAUAUCAGCGGGCAUGCAGGUAGUGAUGGUCCCUGACCCUCAUCUCGACAAGAGACUGACAACGCACGCCACGAUAGUAUUGCCAACGUUAGCCAAAUUUCAACCUCAAUUAUUUGGGUUGCCAGCUUUUCAGUGAUAUAGAGUAAGAUUAAAUAUUUUUAGAUGAGAAUACUUAAGCCAAACUUAAGUGCGUCUUUGAAGUUUGAGUAUGUAUGAUUGAAAUUAUUGAUACUCUGUGGUAUUGUUU